AUUUGCUUAGCAAUUUAAUGGAGUUUACCAACAUGCGCUCGCAGCCGAGCAUGAUCAUCGUCCUGCCGCUGGUCCUGCUCGUCUUCAUGCCCGGUUCCAAAUACACGAGUGCCGUCAGCGAAGCGUCGACAGCAACGACUUUAGGGACAGCAACAGCAACAACAACAGUAACAACAACAACGGCAAGCGACCAAAUACCAACAACAUCAAUUGACAAUGUGGGGGGAGCGGGAGAGGCGGCGGAAUUGGCGGCAGUCAAAUCGUCAAUAUUAAAGAGCAACACAACAAAUGACAAAACAUUUCUAAGGACUCAAUCAAAGAGAGCAGCAACAGCAACAGCAACAGCAACAACAACAUCAGGAACAGCAGCAUCGUUGACAGGGGCAGCAAAAUCGCUCGCAUUAAUUUCGGCGUCAACGCAAAUUACAAAAGCAAAUUCGCCAGCGCAUACAAAUGGUGGCGACUAUGCGGCAGCAACGCAUACAAAUGUGAGCUUCAGUUCGGCAGAGGCAACAGCAACAACAAAAGCGACGUCAUUUAGCAAAAGGAAGGCAGCGGAGGCGGAAGAGGCGUUGGCAUUGGCGUUGGUGGCGCCUCAAGCAACGGAUGAGAAAGCGUUGACAAAAGAGCCAACGGUUGCAAUCUUCCAAACGCUUGCAGCAUUAACAGCAGCCGCCACUCACAGCGAUGAUAAAAAUACUCCCAGCAGCCACCGCAACAAUAAUAGUAACAAUACCAAUGACAACAACAAUGCCAUCAUUAAUAACAUUAGCAACAAUGGCAACAGCAUUGGUGGUCAGUGGUCAGGAAAAGGAACAGCAACAACAGCAGCGCCAAUGCCAGUGCCAGUGCCAGUGCCCCUGUCAGUUGUCACUGCAGCCCUGGAAGCAAAUCUUAUUAUGAGCAAUAGAAAUGUGGAGGAGCAUGAAUUGAAAUUGGAAGAGCAGAGCUACAGAAUAACGCAGGACAACGUUAACGCAUUGCCAUUGUCCUCAGCCUCAUCAUCAUCCUCCACAGAAGCUUCAUCCGCAAAGUCCCUAACAACAACAGCCGCAUCAGCAGCAGCAGCACCAACGACCACAACAACAACAUCAGCAGCGCCAACAACAACGACCACAUUGCGCACCACACGCCGGACCCCACCAACAACAACACUGAAGCCGCCACCAACAAUAGAUGAUUAUCAGACAAUAAUUAGCCAGGCAGGCACCCAUGCCUAUUUACCUUGCAAUGUCAAGCAGCUGGUGAAGAAGCCAAUAUCUUGGCUGCGCAUGCGAGACGGCCAUAUCCUUACCGUGGACCAGACCACCUUCAUUGCCGACCAGCGCUUUCAGUCUGUCUUCUCACCAAAUCCGGAGCGCUGGUCGCUGCAGAUCAAGUAUGUGCAGCUGAAGGACGAGGGUACCUAUGAGUGUCAGGUAUCUACCGAGCCCAAGGCCAGCGCCAUUGUCCACCUGCGUAUUGUGGAACCUAAAACUGAAUUAAUUGGGGAGUCAACGCGUCACGUGAAGGCCGGAAGUGAAGUGAAAUUGCGCUGCAUAAUUAGCCAGGCCUUGGAACCACCACUUUUCAUUAAUUGGUUUUACAAUCAGAAGCAAAUCUAUUUGCAUAAUCGUCGCGGCUGGCGCACGGAAAUUGAACGCAUCGAUCUGCCGACGGAAGCGCCUGCAACCGAAGCAGCGGCGACGCUCGAUGCUGCAUCCUUAAAUGGUAUAGCGGCCAUUACGCGUUCAUAUAUAUUAGAUGCGAUAUCGGUGAAUGAUGGAACAGUCCUGGCCGGAUACAUGCUGGCAACGUCAUCAUCGACAACAACAACAACUGCAGCAGCAGCUGCUGCUGCUACGCUGACAUCAGCAGCGACCCUGACGACAACGACGGCGCUCGAUGGAGUUACGAUGCCGGAGGAUGCAGCCUCGACAGCAACAGCUACAACAACAACAACAACAACUGUAGAUGCCGCAUCACCAACAUCUGCGACAAGUGCGUCGUCGUCUUCAACAGCAGCAAUCACUGCAACAACAACAACUACUACUACAACAACAACUACCACUACGACGCAGCCCACCACAUCGACAACAACAAUGCUGCCAAGCAGCAGUUUCAUUAAACAGAUAACGACGGCCUCACUCAUCAUACCAGCUGUGGUUAAACAGGAUUCGGGCAAUUACACGUGCAGCCCCUCCAAUAGCGCCCCUCGCACCAUCGUCCUUCAUGUGCUGAACGGUGAAUAUUCCGCAUCGGCCAUAAAAUCCGCGGGUGUCAGCUGGAAAGUGCUAAUUGGCAGUCGUGGCCAUUCACAGUGGCGCAGUGUUACAACAAUUUUGGCACUGCUGUGGAUUAUUAAAUUUGCGCUCGCAAGAAAUCUAACCCAUUGCCUUCGCAAUCGCAAUAGCAACAACAAAGUCAACAAACCACCAGCGCAGCCGCAGGAGUCAACAGCAACAACAACAACAAUGGCUGCGGCGAAGCCGCGGGCGUUGGCAAAGCGAUUUUCAUGCACAGGCGCCACUAAAUCGGCAACAGGAUGCCGAAGCGUCAGAAGCAGCAACAUCAGCAGCACCACAGGGUCACAGACGAGGAACCACACCCACACCCACACCCAUACCCUCAUCUACACCCAUGCCCACAGGCUGGGCCGAACCGCCGGCAGCUGCGGCCACGUCAACAGCUCAAUUAGUGGCACCAAAGUGGCUGAGGAUAAAACUUGAGUGCCCACCUCUCCGAUCAUCCCUAGAGAGUGGCGUCCAAGCGGGUGUUGUGGCCAAAAAUGGAAUUUUUAUGUGAGCGAUUCUGUUUAGAUUAUGAUUAGAUUUUUACUCGAUAAAAAUAUAAAAAAAAAAACCGAAUGAAAGAC